AUGAAGGCCUAUUGCUUCCUCAGCCUCCUGUCUCUAUCAGGCCUCGCAGUAGCGCGCACCCUCAACAUUGUCGCCCAUCAGGACGAUGAUCUCCUCUUCCAAAACCCAGACAUCCUCAAUGACAUUGCCGCAGGCCGGCAUGUCCGCACUGUAUACCUAACCGCUGGCGACGCAGGCCGGGACUCCCAGUACUGGACCAGCCGACAAGCAGGCGCCAUGGAGGCCUACGCCGCAAUGGCCGGUAUGCCCAAUGUCUGGGACGAGUCCGAUAUUGGGGUAGAGGGCAAAGAUAUCCCUCUCUACUCGCUUCGAGACCGCGAUAUCUCCCUCGCGUUCAUGCACAUGGCCGACGGCAGUAUCGACGGGGACGGCUUCGCCAGUACAGGCCACGAUUCGCUCGAGAAGCUGUGGAAGGGCAAAAUCAACUCCAUCAGAACAGUGGACGAAUCCGGCACGAGCUACACGCGCAGCGACCUUAUCGAAACUCUGACGCAGAUCAUCAACGACUUCAACCCCGAUUGGAUCAAUUCUCAGGAUUACGUCCAUCCGUAUGGCUCGGGAGACCAUAGCGACCACACCUCUGCUGGGUUGUUCGUCAAUGAAGCGGCUAAGCCGUCUAGGUUCCCGGGAGAUGUUACGGCCUACCGAGGAUAUCCGACCAAGGAUGAGCCCGCUAACGUCGCUGGCUCUGAUCUGGACAGAAAGAAGGCGGCUUUCUACACGUAUGGCAAUUAUGAUCCCGUGGCGUGUUCGUCGGACCAGUCUUGUGCUGGUACCGAGUAUGAAAAAUGGCUGCUUAGGCGAUACAUUGCAAACAAUGACACUUCGAUAACAGGAAAUCCAUUCUGGGACUGUCGCUUUUAUACUUAUUUACUGUAA